AUGAGUUGCCACGAUGCGCAUCAUGAUCACCAUCAUGACCACGAUCAUUUACCACCCCCAGACACAAAUGAGGCUCAGACGCUCUAUUCCAAAAUUAACCUUGAUCAGGUCGUUGUGUUGAACGAAUGCGAUCCUGGCUCUGGGGCGGCAAUUAUCCGCAAAUACUCUGAGCGCCUUGCUACCGAGCCCUACCUUGAGUCCGACGUCGACCCUGAGCUUUUGAUCACAAUUCCGUUCACUGGUCUUGUGAGAUUACAUUCAUUAUUGAUAAGAUCAUUCGCGGAUGCCCGGGCGCCCCGAGAAAUUCGCAUUUUCAAGAACCGCGACGAUCUGGAUUUUACCAACGUCGCCGAUCUUAAAGAGGUCCAGAAACUGGAGCACCCGGCUGAAACAGGUGUCGGCACAAGCCAGGACGAUGGAAUUGUGGAGUAUGCGCUGAACCGUGCUCAAUUGUCCAACGUCACUUCUAUCACCCUCCACAUCCCGUCCAACUAUGGCGCGGAGACGAGUGCUAUGACCUAUAUUGGUCUGCGUGGCGACUUUAAGGAGCUCAAUCGGGCUCCGGUGGUUACCAUGUACGAGGCUGCCGCCAAUCCAGCCGAUCACAGGAAUAUUCUCAAAGAUGCCGAACAGUUGCAUCGAACUGCAGACUAG